AUGAAAUUUUUAACAAAUUUGACAUUUUUUAAAAUUUAUUUUUUAAUUAUUUUAUUUUUAAAUUUUUGUCAAUCAAAAAGAAAUAUUUUUGUAGAAUUUUUUAAUAAAACGGGAAAAUCAAAAAAUGUUCAAAUUGAAAUUGAAGAUAAUCCUUUUGGUAAAGGGGCCUAUGCUUGGGUAUAUUCUGGAAGAAUAAUAACUCCUCAAAUAAUUUUAAAUAAUUAUGGAAAAAGAAUUUCUGAAGUAGUAGUUAAAGUAAAUAAAAAUCAAAAAGAGGAUGAAUUGGAAAUAUCUAAUGAAAUAAAAAUUUUGGAGGAAUUUAAUAAAUUGCCUAUUUAUGAAAGAGAGGGGAUUAUUGAACUUUAUUUACAUGGACAAACAAUAAAUUCAGAAGAGGAUCGAAAAAUAAUAUCACAAAAGAAAGAGAAUAAAAAUAAAAUUUUAUAUAAAAAAGUUUUAAUUUUGGAAUAUGGAGGGGUAGAUUUACGUACAAAAAUUGAGCAAAUUGGAGAAAAUUUUUAUGAAGAAGAAAUUUGGUUUUUAAUUCAAAAAACACUUUUAGCUGUGAAAGAUAUGCACAGAUUAAUUAUGCAUCUGGAUUUGAAACCAGAUAAUAUGGUAUACACUUCGAAUGGUUUAAUUAAAAUAAUUGAUUUUGGUUCUGGACAAUUUAUUCAAAAUGAGGGUGAGGAAAACGAAAAUAAUAAAUUAGCUAAUUAUUGUAAAUUACUUACAAUUCAAUAUACUACUCAAGUAUAUAGAGGUCCUGAAAAUAAUAUUGUUUGUGACGGAGAAGAAAGUGGUGAACCGCGAGACAGAACUGGAGAAAAUAAAUUAUCUACAAAAGCAGAUAUUUGGUCAAUGGGGAUUAUUAUUUUAGAAUAUAUUUUAAAUAGCCCUUCAAUGAAAGGGCCAUUGGAAAUAUUUAGAUUUUUACGAGGGAAUAUAACAACUAAUCAUCGUAUAGGUAUUCUCCAAAUAUUAAAAGAAUUAAAUUUUUUCUACAAAAUGAGAGAAAAGAAAUGGAAUAAGAGAAUACAGGUAUUUAGUAAUUAA